UUAAAUCACCAAAAUCAUCCUCCCUCCUAAACUUGAAUCAACAAAAUUUUCACCCCUAAAUUUUCCUUCUAACUUUUCACCAAAAAUCAUCCCCCCUCUUAUUUUUUUCACCAAAUAUUUUCCCUCAAAAUUUCAGAAACCAAAUAUUUUCAGAAAUAUCUCGCAUAAACUAAUAUUCAGACAAAUUUAUUCCUCUCAUCCUUUUCACCGUCUUUCUUUUCUCUCUCUCUCUCUCAGAACCGAAAAUCUGAGAAAUAAAACCCUUGCCAAAAAUUCCUGAAUUAAAACCCUUCCUCACAAUCAAACCACAAAUCGAAACCUGAAUUUCAGUAAUCAAAAAUGGAAUCUCGAUCAAUUCUUAAAACCUAGAAAUCUCGAUCAACCAUAAAAAUUCGUAAACCUAGAACGCAAAAUCAAUUUUGUGUUACUGAUAUCUUAAAUCAAUCCAUCUAUAGUUGAUUAUCAUCAGGUAUAAACCAUUGUUUUUUUAAUUUUGAAGCUCAAGUGUUAUUGACUGUACAGAUUUUGGUGAUUUGAAGUUAGGGUUCUUCUUUCUUUCUUUUUUUUUUUUUUUUUUUUUUUUUUGUGUGUGUGUAUUAUAUAGAAUUUCAAGGCAUGGGUGUGUUUUGUUUUCUGCUUAGUCAACACAUAUACUUUUAUUAUUAUGGUGUUUUUGUUUAGGAAUCAGUUUUUGUUUUGUUGUGAAUUAUAGGCUAGAAAUAGUUUUCUCUAUCUUGUUAUGCAUUCAGUUUGCUUAGGAAUCCGUUUGAUUGUUUUUGUUUUGUUGUGAAUUAUAGGCUAGAAAUAGUGCAUCAAUUUUGUAAUCUGUCCUGUCUUCAUUAUUGUAGAAUGUCUCAACAGACUGAGAAAAUCUGGAUGUUUGAAGAUAGGUUUAGUCAUGUGUAGAACAAGAGUAGAUAGUUUUAUUGCCUUGCAUAUAAGAACAGAACUAGAGGCUCACAAACUUGUCCCUGUCCUUGUCGUGUUUGUCGUAAUGCAAAAUCUAAGAAGUUUCAACUAGUGAGGCAUGAUUUAAAAGUUAAUGGCAUGCUAGUUACAUAUGUACAUUGGUCACUACAUGGAGAGAAGCCGACACCACCAUCAAAGUUAGUUGCCGCAAAUGUAGAGAAAUUGGUUCAAGAAGAAACUUCAUUGGAGACUGUAGAGGAAAAAGGAAAAGAUCCAAGAAGAGGCCUGCAUUAGCUGAGGAUGGAUCUGUUGUACCGGAGGAAGAGUCUGGAGUGCCCCAACGCCUGCAACUCACUCCAGAACUCUGGGAAGCUGCAGAGAUAAAGUUCCACCUGGGAUGACUCAAAAUAUUUGGCAUGAUUUUGUUGACUACGAAAAGCAACCUGAGACAACAGCAAAGAAUACUACCAACGCACGAUCCAGAGCACGAUCCACGAUCCGCCAUACACUUGGGCGAUGUUCUUACAAUAACAAGAAAUAUAAACUGGACCAGUCAGGCAUUUUACAAGUACCUGAAGACACCACAGACAAGUGGUUGUUGGGACACCAACGUAAGGAUGGAACUGUGCAUCCUAGUGCAGACGAGGCACAUAAGAAAGUAAUGGAAGCCAAAGAGAAGUAUAAACAAGCAGGAGCAAGUGGAGGAAAGAGUUGUGUGAUUUCAGAUCCACUAGAAGAUGUGUUUGGAGCAAAUCGAAAAGAUUGUAUUCGUGGACACUCUUCCCGUACGUCCAAGAAGCAGGCUCGGAUUGCAGCAGUCGCGUUUUUUGCUCUUCAAAAUAGAGACUCCCAAAAGGAGCAGAAACUCAACAAAAUUGAAACUGAUGUUAGUAUUUUGGGUGGUCAACUCGGGUCGCUGAGCACUAAAGUUGAUGCGCUCUUACACUUACUGAAGCCUAAUGUGUCUGCGCCAUCUAGUUCCUCCAAUCCUUAUAGAAGAGUCACUCCUAGCCCAGAGAAAGGGUCAAAUACUCAUCAUAUUGGUGGAACUCAUCGUGCCAUGGAUAACGAGGAAAUUGCUUCUGCUGGGGUUACAUAUGACCAAGUUGAGCUGCUAAACAAUAAAGGUGAAGUUGUUGCAUUAGGAAGUGUUCGCGAGGGUGACAUCUUGCAUUGUAAAACGCUGAAGCCGACUGAGAAGAAGGUCUUUGUUGAGUAUGUGUAUGACCAAGCAGCAGUUCUUUGGGAUGCCCCUCAAAGAGAUGAUUAUUUCUUCUUCAGACAGCUACCACUGCCUGCUUGGAUAAAAUGGAGCGAGGAUAGGAUGUAGCCUGCAAAUAGUGAAUCUUUUUAGAAUUGGGUAUUUUGACAAAUGGUAUUUUGACAAACACGGAAUCUCCUGCAGACUUCCUUUUUUCUGGGUAUUUUGACACAAAGGAAGAUAGAUAAUAGCGAACCUUACAGGCUUUUUGUUUUUGGGUAUACUGACUAGGGAGAUUGCUUAAUAUAACGGCGAGUUCUACAGACUUCUUAUUAGGUGUUUUUUGGUUGUAGGAAGAUUAGACAGACUAUGCAUCUGUCUACUCUGUCUUUAUUAGUUUUUUGUGUUUCUAUGCUCAAUGGAGUUGCAUAUAUAUAUAUAUAUAUAUUUUGUUUCUUCA